AUGGCCUCACAGCUAGCGGGCCAGCUCCAAGCGCUCCAAGCAAGGUCGCUUGAUGCCACACGGCUGUCCACAAAAGCCAAGUCGACGCCGUCCUACUUGUUUCGGCCAAGAGAUGCUGCUGCUCUUUCGCUGGAAGAAGUCCAUCAGCUGGGGCAUAAUGGCUUCCUUGCCUUGCUCAAGCUGGCACGUCGACUCGAAGAAUACGAGGAAGCCCUCUUUGGCGAGAAUGCAAAGCGGACAGACAGAGCCUUGCUGACAGCCGAUCAGAACAAGCAGCUUGACAAGACUUUGCAGGCCGUCUUGCGAGUGAUCAGCCCUUUGCUCAUGCUCAAGCCCUCUGGCUAUCUCAUUGAAUGGCUCAUACGUCGCUUCCGAGUCAAUGAGCUCAAUAUGUCGGAUCUGCUGGUGGCCUUUCUGCCGUACCACACGACCAAUCAGUUUGCUCAGAUCUUGCAAAUAUGCGAUGUCAACCAAGUACGAACGCUUAGCGAGCUCGUCCCGGUCCGCACAAGCAAGCAGCCGCUUCCACGACCGACUUUACUGGCUAGCAUGAGCAAAGACGCGCUUUUCCUUCGAUGGGUUGUGGGCGCCCUGACAAAGUACACAAAACGGCGUUGCGCUCAUCGAGCACUCGUAACUUUCUGGAUGUCGGCACUCGUCGGGUUUAUCGAUUCGCGCGACGAGAUCACGGAAAACGAGAUGAGCAUCUUGUGGCCAGAAGCGACCGCUGCCAUUGCUGCACAGAAUGCUCAGGAUGUCCAACUAGCCGGCAUGAUCGUUGCUAGUCGAUUGCUCGCGAAGGUACAGCUACAAGCAUCUGGCCUGCUCACUUUUGCACGCCUGCUCGUGACGAGUCGCCCACAAAUGGGCGAGAAUGACGAAGCAAUCAUCGUCUCGCUCGUCUCUGUCCUGUCGGCCCAAGCGGAUCCACCCCCGUUCGAUGAGGUGAUCGUAGAAGGUCUCAUGGGCAUGCCGAGCCUGAGCGAUGUCCUGCAUGACCUUGCACAGCAGCACGAUGUCAGCAGCCUAAUGGCGGCUAUAUUACCUCGACUGCUUGUGCUGUCUACCGAAGACGCGCGUGCUGAAACGAUCUGCUCCAGUAUGGCUCAGCCACAAGCUCCAGCAGGCCUGCAGAGCGCUCUUUUGCAAGCUUUGCUUGCGAGCUCAUCUGACAACGACAAUGCGACAGCACUCCUGGCUAGAUUCAUUCAAUCGAGUCCUCUUCUCAUCGAGUCAGCCUUGUCGGCUGCUCCGUCUCUCUCCGCACAGGCAAGGCUAGCACAAGCACAGAGCGUCUCGAUGAGUAGCAACCCGCGUCAAGCAAUUCUCGUCGGUCUCAAUAGCCACGAUACUGCCUACCGACUUGAUAGCCUAGGCAAGCUCCUCGAGCAGCCUGAUAUGGUAACCACCGAUGAGCUGCGCACAACAUUGAUGGCCCGUCUGGCAGAGCAAGAGCCCAAAGUGACCGAGCUUCUCCUCGCUCGUGCAGAACCUCUGCUCGCCGCGCUCAGCUUCGACGAUCUGCUUGCUGCGCUCACUCCAAAUGACGAUAUUGCAGUCAAUGCGGACGCCGCAGCGGCGCUGGCUCGCUUUGCUAUCGGUCCUCUUGCGACGAGAUACUCGUCAGCUGAGCAACGUUCACUCGCAGUUGCUACACUUGUCUUGCCGCUCUUGCUCCCCUCGCAAGAUUCCGCUGCUGGCGUCACGGCAGUUUGUCAGCUACUAAGCAAGCACAGUGCCGUCCUUAAGGAGACUUGCCUUACCCAUGUUAACUCAAAAAAGAUCAAGACCUCUGACUCCGUCGAGGUCCUCGCUGCUUCGAUUGGACAGGCGCUGCAUCAACCGAGGCUUGUUCAGCAAGCCUCUGUAGUCGCUUUGCAAUCGCCUUCGCAUCGCGCACGAGUACUGGCAAAUCUGGCGCUGGCCAAGGCUUCCAAAUCAGCGUCGGCAGCUUGUCUUCCGACGCUGCUCUCCCAUGCGGGUCGCCUGCUCAAUCCCACGAUACAAUCGUCGGCGCCGGCAGAGCAGAUAAUUGGCAAUAUAUGGUCGGGCGUGAUAGACAAGCAUCUCGUCGCUUCGGCGCAGAUGCUUACUCUGCAGCAAUUUGCUGCACAUCUAACUCCACCAUCAUCGGCAAGAUGGUGUUGGCUGGCAGUCGACAUCGAUUCAGACGCUGCUCAAUACGCCUCUUUUGCCCGCUCGCUCUAUCAGCAUAUGCGUACGCGCGUACAUGGUCAGGAAGUGGUCGCAAGCCUGUUGAGUCACUUGCGUGAGGAUGCUCUAGCAUUCUUCGCUGCAAUCUGGUCAGAUGUCAGCAUCACAAAGAUGACUCGCUUAGCAGCUGUUCAAGAUUCACUGGCUUAUAUCGAAGCUCUACGGCUGACCGGUGUAACAAAAGACCUUCAAAUGCUGCUACCACUUUGCCUGUCGAUGGGCUGUGAUGCCGAUGCCCAGCUCCGACAAGCUUCUGUGCAACUCGUGCAAGCUAUACAUGCGUCAGCUGCAAUUUCGCAGGACCUGCUGGCAGCGGAUGUCUUUUAUGGCACAUCCAUUGCAGGUCCACUUUUGCGUCUAGAUCAAAGCAGCCUGAGCAAGUAUAUCGACACCAUCAUCGGUCAGGCGGGUGCGAUUGUUGCGGAUGCAACAGCGCUUGGAGCUUCUCAUGUGGAGUUGGCGGCGAGUGCAGCAACGAGCUCGCUUGUCAAAAAGCAGAUUCUGCCAUUUCUGUACUCGCACAUCAACGCGAUCCCGCUGCUAUCUGCCCGCAUUAGUCUGCUCACCAUGCUGCGCGGUCUCAAAGGCAAGCAUAGGAUAGAGAGCCACGUCAAGCUUCUCAAGUCUGCGAGCGCCUAUGCGGGUGCUCCCGAGCUCGCCGCUUAUCUCGACUCCCUCGUGUCCAUUGUCUCAUCUUGCUCCCCCACGACUAUCGCCCGUUCGCCGGACUUGCUGCCGCUCAUCCGCGAAGCAUUGUCACGAGCUACAGGCAGCCCGUACGACUCAACCCUUCAAGGAGCUGUCUUGGCAGUCGCUCCGCAGUAUGCUAAUAAGCUACAGACGGUAGAUCGGUUGACGCUGCUGCAGGCCACUCUUCGCGCGCGCUCGCUGGUCGAGGCAGCGCUGGUCGAUUUGGCGCAGACUUCAUUGCGAACGCAAGUUCAGCACACAGACACUUUACUCGAGCUCCUAUCAGCUUAUGACGGCGCUCAUCAGAUUAAAGGACGUACUGCUAAGCGCGCAAAGGGCGUGGCCUCUGCCAAAGCAUCGCUCUCGCAGUACGAUCUCAUGGCCGCAUUGGAAGCUCUAGACGUAGCGAAAGUGCCUGAGCCCUCCCGGCUUCUUUCGGGUGUUCUCACAACGCUCUCUACGGUCCUUCAGCAAGCUUCGAGCACUGAUUAUGAUCCGGUCGGACUCUCACAAGCCCUACUGAAUGUCGCGGAUGCUCUGCUGUCGCGUUCAGAGACUACUAUACUGGUGCCGGAAGCAGCAUCUGCCCAAGUCAAAGCUGUCCUGGACGUCAUUCGGGCUUUCGAGACGCCGCAAGCUAUAGGUCGCGCUCUGUCAGUCGUCUCGCGCCUGGCGCUACUCGUCCCCGAGACGGUCGCUGCCAGCAUCGUGCCCAUCUUUACCUUCAUGGGCGCCAACAUGCUCAACCGGGACGACGCCGCAUCAGUGCGUAUUGUCGAGCGAACGAUCAAAAGCGUGGCGCCUGCACUGCUCGCACAGACAGACCAGAUGGAUUCGGACGUAGCGGACGUGCUCAGCGUCUUUACUGACGCUGCUGCUCACAUUCCCAGACAUCGUCGCAACAAGUGUUACAUGGAUCUCGUCGAAGCUCUCGGCCCGGAGACUUUCUUGGCCAGAACAUGUCUGCUCCUCAUCGACCGUCUCGGCACAAAGCUCGUCAAGGCGGAUAUGGUCACCGUCAACGAGCAACUCGAGUUGCCUCUCACCCUCGUCAGAUACUUUGGGCUGAGUCCGGCGCUUGCCACGAUUCAGCGCUUAUCUGAGAGCGCGAAAGAGAUUGCGCAAGCCAUCGAGGAGGCUCGCUCGGAAGAGCAGCCGUCACACGUUGACAGAGCGCAGGCGGCAAGCUUAUACAACAUACUCAUCUGCCUCAACAGCCUGCUCGAUGAUGUGGCUAUUAGCAAGAUGAUCAUCUCCGGACGCUCAGAGCGGUCUGAUGUCGUCUUCACAACAGUAUCGCUGGCCCUCGUCAAGAUUUCGAGCCUGCGUGUGAUCAAACGUGGCAUUGCACGAGAUGUCAACGGAUCAGCAUUGCGCCGAAGCACAGCCUAUCUAUCUCCCGAGGCUCUGUCAGGGAUUGCUACCGACUUAUUGCAGUCCAAGAGCUCGGCAGAUAUCGCCAUAGCGCUCACCGUCGUCGCGCAAAAGCUGCAAACCGUCAAGCCUGCUCGACGUGUUCAGCUCGAUGCUGCAUCUGCACAAGCGCUGCGCGUCGUGUGUAAUGCUGUUACAAGUGGAGAGCCGAGCAAAACAGAGCUCUCAACGGCUACUGUCGUCGUCGAUACGAUCGAUUGCGAUACUCAUCACGGUCUCGUGUCAGACCUCGCCAGCGCUAUGCUCGAGCGGCUGCCUGAGAAGACUCUAGACUCUGCCAUCUGCUUGAGCUAUCUACGAUUGCUCAAGUCAAGCUUUGAGCGCAUGCCGACUCGCUUGAUCCCUGCCGUGACUCGCGCGGUAGCGGUUGGUCUGGAAUUGCUUUGCGGACGGCAACAGGACAUGCGCAUCGUGACUGGCGCCGUCAGCAUGCUCGAGACAAUCAUUCGUGCUCUUCCUGUCUUUGUCGCGCCUCAGCUGCCGGAAUUCGUCAACGCCAUCAUCUUUGUUGAUGCGUCAGACUACGAUGGAGCCGAGGACAACAUGGCUGCACUGUCCGCCUGCCUGGCUAAGCAUCUCGAUGCAGGCUUGAUGAUCACGUCACUCCUUUCAAUUGGACACUCGCUGUCGGAUGUAACCAGCAAAACGCUCGAUGUCGUCCUCAGCCUUUUGCGCAGAGUUUUGCGAAUCAUCAAGCCAGCAGAUUUGGCGAAUUUAGGCAAGACUGUCUUUCGCUGGAUGCUUGAGGUCUUUGAGGUCACGUCGCAGAAGACUAGCUUUGUCGAGCAACAACAUGCGGCAGUUGGCGCCUUCGUCCAGAUGGUGCUCAAACUCAGUGAGACAACGUUCCGACCCAUCUUUAUGCGCCUCUAUGACUGGGCUGCGGUGGAUCUCGAGCCUGGAAAGGCAUACACUAACCGUAACGCUACCUUUUUCGAGAUCACGAGCGCGCUUGUCAAGAAUCUCAAGUCGAUCUUUGUGCCGCAGCUUGCGUUUGUGAUUGAUCAUUCCACCGGUUUGCUGGAAGGCAUGGCAAGCGAGAAGAACCUGCCGCAUCCGGCUCUGUGGACCAAUGUCCUGGAAACUCUGACGGGCGCUUUCCAGCAUGACCAGACAGACUUCUGGUCAAAUACGCGUCUCCGGAAGGUUGCGGAGCCCAUCGUUGACCAACUCAACCUUGCUUCUCGUCUGUCGAAGCAGCAAGUUCAUACAGCGCUGGCUUGCAUCAAGCAACUCGGCAUGCGCCUCGAGAACUACGAACAAGCCUUUGCGGCUCACAAUAAGGCGAUGCUGGUCAAGACUCGCUCGGAGGAUCUGCUCGUUCGCGUUGCAGCAUUGCAAGCUCUAGAGGCGACUUGGCGACAGCAGGGCGAAGCGCUGCUCCCUCAUGUAGGCGAGACCAUACCCUUCCUGCUGGAAGCGCUCGAAGAGCCCGAAGAAGGCGUCGAUAAGGCAGCUCGCAAGCUCGUCACGCAGAUCGAAGCUCAUUUGGGCGAGUCACUCAACGACUAUUUGUCCUAA